UUGUAGAACAAAUUUCGUACCGGCUUCCUAAGCAUAAAAUGUCUUACCUACGAAAAGGCAAUAAAAACGCUGUUGAAACGGACUCAGAGGACGAGGACUAUGCGAAGCUACGUUUGUUUGCGGAGGCUACUGAUCACACACUGCUCAGAAAUGAUAUGUAUAAGAAGGAACUAACUGUAGAAAGUUCAGGUGAAGCGCCGGCAGUUGCGUCUCCACCAAAAGCUUUGCCCAAAAGCGAGCGCUACCUGGCAGAUGAAGAUGCAGCUCCCGCUAGUGAUCUGCAAAUCAGUAAGGAAAUGCAAACACAUCUGUGGGGCAAACUGAGUGCGAUCAUACAAAAUCAAGUUGAAUACUGUGAGAAGAGUGAUCAGCCAGCCAACGGAUCGGAGGAGGAGAAGGAGAAUGGUUGGUUCAGUCAGGUUAAACUGCUGUCCAAUGCCGAUUGCUAUGUUGUUGAUGACAUAGAGCCGAAACCUGGUCCACAGAAGAGGCCCACUAUAAAGAGGCGCCUGCUGGAAGCCGACGAAGAGCAGGCGAAGACAGACGCCGCUCUUGCUGCCGUUGUCGUUGAUGGCGACUCAAUACUUAGCGGCCGGGAUAUGCAAAGCUGGGCGCCACGCAAGUCACGCAAAGAUAAAUUCCUUGAGUAUAAAGCUACUGAUGCACUGGGCCACAAGUUGCAGGCGAUUGAGCCCACAAACGAGUUCACCAAACAGCGACGCAAAAACAACUGGAACGAGACAAAGAUCGGACAAAGAUGCCGCAAUAAACAGAAAAAAUCUUAG